AUGGAUGGAGUUCAUGGAGACGUUUCUCUCGUCAUUCAGUACAAGCAAGGUAAAGAAAACAUAGUGCCAAAUGCUUUAUCUCGAAGGGUGUGUAUGAAAAUGACUUUGGACUUUUUCGAAAUCUACAAUUCAUGUGAUAAGGGGACUAUAGAUAAAUGCUAUAAGCAUGAAGGGUAUUUGUUUCAGGAAAAUAGGUUAUGUAUUCCCAAUUGUUCGAUGCGAGAGUUACUAGUGAGAGAAGCACAUAGUGGUGGAUUGAUCGGGCACUUUAGGAUGCAAAAGACCUUAGAGAUGUUAGGGAUGUCAACGAACCGAGCCGAAACUCAAGCUCGGGCUCUUGGCUCGGCUGGGGCAGCACUCGACAACCUUUUAAGGCAACCGAGUGCUGCCAUUUUUUAA